GCUCCGGCACGGCGGGAUGCAGUUUGCGGCGACGUACAAGGAGAAGGAAGAGUUGAAUCAGUACUGGUACUCUGCGAAGACAAUCGAGUAUCUAGCAAAAGAGAUCCUGCGCAACAACCCGAGCGCGGUCGCGUUCCUGUCGACGCCAUCUCUGUACUACGCGUGCGAAGAGCUGCAGAACGAUGCCGCAUCCGCUUCUACGUCCAAACCCACCUUUGUCCUAUUUGACUACGACGUGGCGCUGCCCCGAGUCGUACAUUACGACUUCAACCACCCGACGACCUUCCCCGACGAGUUUGCGCACAAGUUUGACUUUAUCGUGAUCGACCCGCCAUUUAUCACCGAGCACGUCUGGACAAAGUAUGCCGAGUCGGCACGCUUUCUCGUGGCCCCCGGUGGGAAGCUCCUCUUGACCACGAUUGCCGAAAACAAGGACAUGCUGGCGACUCUUCUGAGCUGCACCCUCCGACGAUUCCAGCCUAGCAUUCCGCACUUGGUGUACCAGUACGGCACGUUUGCGAAUUACGACUCGCCCGCCCUCGACGCCGUCAAUCCCGAGAUUCCCCAGGACUGAGGCUAAUGCGACAAACAGCUCCGUCCUCUCGUCAAGUCAUGCAGCCAGCGUUGGCCCGAGUCAUCCAUGUGGAUGAAUGCGUCAUCAUCUCUAAAGGUCAUUCGCGUAUCGCUGCUUGGAGCUGUCCUGUCGACCGAACAGUAAAAGGCGGCGACGUAAUGUCCACGUGGGCAGGUGGGCAAGUGCGAG